AUGUCCAUCCAAGUUGCGACCGUCGCUGUGGUAGCGGCCAUAUACUUUCUCAUCCGCCUCCUGAACCGCACCGAUGUGCCCAAAAUCAAGGGCAUCCCCGAGAUUCCCGGUUGGCCAAUCUUUGGAAGUCUGAUCGAGCUGGGCGAGAACCAUGCGAAGGUCGCUCGGGAAUGGUCCAAGAAAUACGGCCCUGUAUUUCAGGUCCGCAUGGGCAACAGGAGAAUCAUCUUCGCCAAUACCUUCGAUUCUGUGAAACACUUCUGGAUCAACAAUCAGUCAGCCCUGAUCUCCCGUCCUACUCUCCACACUUUCCACACCGUCGUCUCGAGCUCCCAAGGAUUCACCAUCGGCACCUCCCCUUGGGAUGAGUCCUGCAAGCAGCGCCGCAAGGCCGCGGCCACGGCGCUUAACCGUCCGGCCGUGCAGAGCUACAUGCCCAUUAUUGACCUGGAAUCGUACGUCUCGAUCAAGGAGAUGCUCGAAGAUAGCGCGUACGGCGAGAAGGAUGUGGACCCGACGCCGUACUUCCAGCGCUUCGCCCUCAACACGUCUCUCACGCUCAACUACGGCAUCCGCAUCUCGGGCAACAUUGGCGACGAGCUGCUCCAGGAAAUUGUGCACGUCGAGCGCGAGAUCUCCAACUUCCGCAGCACCUCCAACAACUGGCAAGACUACAUCCCGCUGAUGCGCAUCUGGCCCAGCAAGACGAACCGGGGCGCCGAGGAGUACCGCAAGCGUCGCGACGUUUACCUGACCAGGCUGCUGGACGAGCUCAAGGAGAACAUCAGGAACGGAACCGACAAGCCGUGCAUCACUGGUAACAUCAUCAAAGACCCGGAAGCCAAGUUGAACGAAGCUGAGAUCAAAUCCAUCUGCCUGACCAUGGUCUCGGCCGGCCUGGACACGGUCCCCGGCAACCUGAUCAUGGGCAUCGCCUCGCUAACCUCGCCCGCCGGCCAAGCCAUCCAGAAGCGCGCGUACGACGAGAUCCAGCGCGUGUACCCGGACGGCGACGCGUGGUCGCGGUGCCUGGUCGAGGAGAAGGUGCCGUACGUGACGGCACUCGUCAAAGAAGUGCUGCGCUUCUGGACCGUCAUCCCCAUCUGCCUGCCGCGCGUCAGCACCAAGCCCAUCACCUGGAACGGCGCCACCGUGCCCGCCGGCACCACCUUUUACAUGAACGCCUACGCCGCCGACUACGACGAGGACCACUUCGGCAACCCGUACGAGUUCGACCCCGAGCGCUAUCUUAAGACUGAUGGCGGCGCGCCCGAGGUCGCCGGCACCCCGCACUACGGAUACGGCGCUGGCAGCAGGAUGUGCGCUGGCAGCCACCUCGCGAACAGGGAGCUGUACACGGCGUUUGUGAGGUUGAUCACUGCGUUUGAGUUCAGGGCGCCGAAGAAGGCGGAGGAUCGCCCCAUUAUGGAUUCCCUGGAGGCGAACGCCCUGCCGACUAGCUUGACCAUGGAGCCCAAGAGGUUCAAGGUCGGGUUCAGGGUUAGGGACCGGGCGGUGUUGGAGAAGUGGAUUGCGGAGAGUGCGGAGAAUACGAAGGAUUUGUAA